AGCGGGGUGUUAACGGAAUUGGUAUAAACAAUUUCAACCCUAAUGAUUAAUUAGCGUUAAUUACGUUAAUAUUAACCUUAAUUUAACAUUCCAGUUGGAAUUAUCUAUACCAAUUCCGUUAACACCACUCUGCUGCACCAAAAAUGCUAUACAAUUUACGAUGUCUGCUAAUGAAUGAUGAAAAUGUUUUUGAAUAUUUUAUCCAAUUUUGUGGUUUUAUUUCAAAUCACCUCUAAAUUCUGGAUGUUAUAGGUUACCUACUUACCGAACGUUGUAAUAAACGCCAUAUUGAAAUUCGACGUUAGUUGCCAUUGCAAUCUGUGCAGAAGUUAGUUUAGUCUUAUAGUAGAUACUGUACACCGAAAAGCUCCAAGAAAGUCGGCUGAGGUGGUUUGGCCAUGUCAAAGGAAGGCCGCCUGAAUACGUAGGCAUUAGAGCCCUUAGCUUCGUUUUACCAGGUCCAAACAGGAGGGGCAAACCAGGGCAGCGGUGGCGUAACAUCAUCGCCAAAGAUUUAAAAACGCCUGUGGGUUAGCGGAAACCGAUGUCCAGGAUAGAGCGAAGUGGAAGGAGAAAAGCGGACCCCGUCACGGUUAAGGCACGGAACCGGUUUUUUCUUCAUACAAAUACCUGUAUUAUUACGUUCUUUUUCGUUCUUUGGUUUAUUAUUUCAUUUUUGAUGGGUCAAUCUAAUAAUACGAAAUCGUUACCUAAAAUACAUGAUUCAGUCCUACGGAAAGAGCAAUAAAUUAUUAUAAAUAUUGGGCUAUUUUGAGAUUAAAAAAAAACCGGUUCCGGGCCCUGGUCACAGUACGCGCAAACGCUAGGAGGAUCAUGAUGAUGAUGUAUGUAUGCGCUGCUUCAGACUAUUACAAAUCUGAGGGUCAAAUUAAAUUGGAAAAUACGUAGCAGUCUAGUAGAAAAAUGUAGUGAAUAGAAUAGAACUGCCCGGAGCAUGUGAUCCGUUCGGAUGUUAGCAACGAUCUCUAACUUCCGAAGGAUUUCAUGGCAGACGGUUUAGCCUCAGGCGGAUCACAUGUCAUCGCUGGGUGGAAAACUGUGAUAAUAUUUGUGAUACUGCGACUUUAUUUAAAUUAUGUUUAUUUUACGAUUUAACUCGAAAUGCGAUUUAACUCGAUUUAACGCGAAUUUUUAGUCAUUUCGAGCACACGGCACAUGUUUAAGUUCCAAGAGCAAGUCCAAUCUUUGAGAAAUUUGUAAUUAGCUAGCAGACGACAUUGCUUUGUACGAAAUUAAUAAGGUAACGAGCUAGUCCGAUGAUGGAGACCAAAGGUGGACAUGCAAACUUGGAGAUAAAACAAUGCAACCAUACCUAUUUUGUGUUAAAGCUUAUUUAAAGUCGAUUAUACGCAAUCUAUUCGAAAAAUAAUUCUUACUGAAACUACGUAAAACUGAACGCAUUUCUUUCAUCGCUUCAUGAAGUCGCAAAUAUAAGCAUGAGAGCAUGACAUAACGAGAGAACGCGUGCGCCGAACACAGCACAGCUGAUUUCUAUUUUGAUCGCCUCGGAGUUUUUCUAUCUACGCUUUUGUUACAGCCGUGCGUUUUCUGUGAAGUUAUAUGAUGAAUGUUAGGUGAAAUUGUUGUGACUAUCUAUUUCAUAAUGUGAACUAUAGUGUGUGAAUUAAUCGUGGGUUCAAACCUCUAUAUAGAGCCUGUUAUAUAGCAAAAAUAUUCAUUCUUAGGAAUGCAAUAAGGUGACUGAAAAAAAUUUGCAGGAUAAGUACUUGCCCAAACACUCUGUGAGUGUCGAUGUAAGAACUAAAUAUUCUUAUAUUAAUGCGGUUUAUAAAGUAUAAUAAACUUAAUAAAGUGAUUAAAUAGGUAGGUACUAAUAAUAUGUGCAGUAGCGAGAUAAAGCGGUGCUAUGGGACGAUUUUCGCCGGCAUUAGUGAGGUGAAAAAGAGUGAAAAUUGGUAUUGAAGUAGGUACUUACUUAGAAGUAUAAGUCUUACGCAAAAAUAGUACCUAUUUUAUAGUACAACAUAUAAAGUGUCUGGGGCGAGUGCUUAUUUGAUCAACAAGCAAACGAAGGAUUUUAAGACUUUAUAAUCAAUUUUUCAGUAUGUUUCUCAAAUUCUACGAAGGUAUACUCAUUAUUACUUUAAAUGUUUCACUCAUGCUGACAUUCAUGAACACGCUAUGAAUUUUCAAUUGAUAUUAAACCGUAGACAUAGAUAUACGUACCUACACUGUAAAUAAGCCUCCAAACACUAACAUUUGACAAUCCAAUUACCUACCUAUUUAAAACAAAACAUAAACGUUAAACGUAUUGCGCCUCACAAAAUUGGGGUACAAUAUUAUGCACAACAUAAACAUUUAGGUCUAAAUUCAAAUUUUACGGACAAGUAAAUACAUUGCAACGUAAAUAAAAGCUUGUAAAACUACAGAUUUAAAGGCGGACUAACACGAUGAGAGCGUAAAUGUCGCAACGCCAAAACAAGCCCGCAAAUCAUGGCUGCAGAAGAGCAAUUAACUGACUUAUGGCAAUCCCACUCACAACUGGACGUAGUAUUAGAACUGGUGUUCCUAUGGCUGGGUGGUGUGGACUUGGCGUGUUGCGGCGCGGCGUGCCGCGCUUGGCGUCUUGCUGUCAGACGUGGUGACGUCUGGAGACGCCUGCUGGCGUGUGCAUCUAGUGCAGAUACAGUACAUGCUCUCGCUAGCAUUUAUGAUGGCGCCUGUCCAUGGCGCGAGCUAUACGUAGCAUCGAUAGCACCGUGGCGUCGCAUGGCGUGCGUGACGCCAGAACGCCCAGCUCGCCUUGCCGCUGCAGCGCUCAACCGCGAUGGAAUCUUGCUUGCCAUUGCAGCUGAGGACUGCUCCUUUACCAUAUGGGAGCUGAAAAACGGAAAGUGGGAGCGUGCUGGCGCCGGCUCAGUGGCACUAGGUUGGACUGGAGUAGCACGAGCAGAAUGGGCGCCUGACACGCCACUGUUACUACUUGCCGGGUCGGCGCCGCUGUCUGCACAAAGAGGAGCACUCGCUGUACUACGACCACAGAACGAGGACUCACUUGAGUCGUGGGUGGUGGCCGCACGAGCAACGGGUGGUGGCGGCUGCUGGGCGGGCGAAGGCUUCCUUUCUCUGGAACUGUCGCGGCUGUCAGCGCUGGAACAUGCGCCUGUCUUCGGCACUGACGUCUGGCUUAACGCUGCUACUCAGGAGACUGAAGACGAGUUUGCGGGCACGGCGGCACGCGUUCUUCGAAUAUACAACGAAAAGCGGGCGGUCAUCACGCAAGUGGUAUGCGCCGACGCACCGCUAGACGCACGCACGGCACAGGAGUGGGCGGAAGCGGAAGCUACUGUGCGCACCGAGGACAUGCGUGUAGAUGCAUCUGCCGAUCCUACGUCUGCAGACCCUGCGUAUGCACCGGAAGUUGUGAAACUAGAGGAGUUGGGGCCAGAUGAAGCGUACUACAGAGUCAUAUACGAUCGUGGACGCACGUCCGACACGCCAAACGCGUGGAUACGUGUAGUGAUUCUGGCUUGUGGCGGCGUGCUUGGCGUGUGGCCGUUACCGCGCGAACGCCCGCCGCCGCUACACGUGCCUGACGACGCGCUGCGGCUACGCAUGCGAGCACGCGCGGAGCGACGGCAAAGGGAAGCCGAAGCAGCAGCUGCGGGUGAGGUGGAAGAAGAGGCGCCAGAACGGUCAAUAGCUGAACUCCGUGCCCGCUGCGACCCGCCCACAGCACGUCUUCGGUUACCUGGCAAUGUCCUCGGCCUUACCGCUUUACAGAACGGACGCGCGGUAUGGGCGAGCGUGUCGGGAGGAGCGAUUUGCGCGUCUUUGCCGGCUCUUCUAGUGCUACGAAUAGUCCUUGCGAAGCCUGGAAAUGGGUCACCUCACUACAUGCAACCACAUGUAACUGAGGAGUAUUUUGGCAGCCCAUGCGGCGGCAGUUCGCCUACGGCUUGCGUGUGGGGCCCAGCGGGCGGGAGUACAAAACUGAGCGGCGAUGCGCCGGCGCUGGCGGUGCUACUGCGUUGCCGUGCGCUACCUGAGGCAUUUCUGCUUACAGAGGACGCGCUACAAGUAUGGCAGUGCACAGCGCCGCGAGCGCGCUGGCCCGACGACGACAACGGCGACAACGCUAGCGACUACAGUGACAAUAACUACGAUAAUAGCAGUGACAGCAACAGCAACGAUAAGGACUGGCUGCCAGGCGAUCGUGACUGACUUCCAAGAUUUACUUUCCUUUUUUUUAACGUUGACGCCAAGAACGUCUGGCGGAGGCCUUGGCGCCAAUAACCCUGAAAUGUUAUGACGUACGACGUACGAUAUUUUUUCAAACAGCUUGGGUACCAUGACAGAUGGUUUAGAUUACAAAUUGUGUUGAGAUAACAUCUGUCACCGUACUCAAGCUGUUUGACCCAAGCAUUUCAUUUUUGAGGGUUACCUAAAGUAACUACCUGAAUAAUCAACCGAUCGCUGCUUUCUAUGUGUUUAAUGUUUAUUGCUAUGCGCGGGAUCAUUGUUUUAUUAAGUAUUUAAAUAUACGAACUAAUUGUAA